AUGGCGUCGUCAGGAGCAGGCGGCUGGGCGCAUUUGCGACAACAGGCUCGGAACUUGGAAACUCAGACCGAGACUUUGUUCCAUACAUAUUCUCAGAUCGCAACAUCCACCAACAUACCGGCUAAGCCGACAGAACAAGAAAGGGAAACAGAGGCGAAGCUACGGGAGAUAUUAGACAAGCGAGAAAAUGUCAUAGCCCAGCUCACCCGACUCCUCGACUCGGACUCGGCUCUCACGGCAUCGGCAAUGAAGCAGAGCAAUCUGGCACUCCUCCGGGACAAGUUAGCCGAGCACCGUCGCGAGCUGCCACGGCUGCGUUCGCGGAUCCAGGAGGCCCGCGACAGGGUGAACCUCCUGUCCAACGUCCGCAACGACAUCGACGCCUACCGCGCCAGCAAUCCCGAGCAGGCCGAGGCCGAAUACAUGCUGGAUGAGAGGUCGCGCAUCGACAACAGCCAUGGCAUGGCCGACAGCGUCUUGAGCCAAGCAUACGCCAUCAACGACAACUUCAACGCGCAGAGGGAGACGCUCGCAAACAUCAACCGGCGCAUCACCCUGGCGGCCAGCCAGGUGCCGGGCAUCAACAUGUUGAUCGGGAGGAUAUCGGCAAAGAAAAGGAGGGAUGGCAUAAUCAUGGGGAGCUUUAUUGCCGUUUGCUUUUUCGUCUUUUGGUUUUUCCUAUGA